CUUCAGUUUCCAUAUCACAGUUCUAUUGUCCCACUCGAAUCUCUCUUUUUUAGUUGUGAUCAUGGGGUCUUUCCCUAUCCAAGCGCGCCUGGCUGCGCCGAUCCUGUUAUCUCUGGCAAGCAUGCUGGUGGCGGGAUCCGCCAUUCCCCCAAUGCCGCAGGGGGCGCUUUCACCUGAACGUCUAAAAUGGCUUAGGCACGUGGUUGGCCAUCAGACCGACAACGGAACCAUAUCGGACCUCGCUAAACGGAGCACUGUCUUGAGUACCAGCCAAGACGGCAUCGACAGCGCGGGAUUAUACUACUCAUUGUACAAUGCCAAUGGAGCCGAGGUCGGAUACACCGAAUACCCCUCCACCGGUCAGUUUGAACUUGGCUGGAACGCCGAGGUUGAAUUUCUCGGGGGGAAGGGCUAUAAGGGCGGCAGCACGCGCUCCUUGACCUGGGACGGUUAUUUCACCGCCGAAGGGGACUGGACUCUGGCCAUCUAUGGCUGGACUCUGGACCCUGUUACCGAGUGGUAUAUCGUGGAGUCGCACGGCAGUGGGACCCCGGGCAACGGAGACAUUCUCGGUCAGGUAUAUAGUGAUGGCGGCGUCUACGAUGUUUACAAUUUACCCUACCGAAAUGUUCCAGAGAUCUACGGGGUUACUGAUUUCGACCAGCACUGGUCGGUGCGUCGCUCCCACCGCUCUACUGGCACCGUCGAUGUAAGCACCCAUUUUCAGCGCUGGAAGGAAUUGGGUCUCGACCCUGGCACCCCAAUCUUUCAGAUGGUUACCCUAGAAGGGUUCUCUGGCAAAGGGUACCUGGACUUCACCGUCAGCUAGAAAUGGAGAGGUUACAGGACCACGGCUGUCGGUGGGCACUCCAAGCCAGAUCCCCUCGAUGAAUAUUCUUAUGAGGGCAAGGAAACAUGGCUUCGGUGUCGGAAACAGGACGCCUCUUUCUCUUCUUAUUUCAUCUUCUCCUGUUGCUAGUUUUCUGCUUCUUUAUCGACUUGUUUCCAGUUAUCAAGUUCUUCACUUACCUUUGAAAUCAUUGCCACCAAUGUCAAAUUAAGAUCAAGUUCAUCAAGACCGUUCUACCCGAC